AUGGCAAGAGCUUCCAACAAUAAAAUAAAAAUUGGUGUACAUUGGAAAAAUUCUUUAUCAAUUGAUAUAUCAUCUUCUACCAGUCCUCGUCAUCCGAAACUUAUCGAACUUGAUCCAAAUAUUCCACUGAAUGAUUAUAUUUCAAAAAUAUGUGAUGAUUGGAAAAUUCCUGUAUCAAAUUCAAUUCAUUAUGCACUUCGAUAUGAUGAUAUUCAUAAAUUUGUUACUGAACAAAAUCGUCAUCAGAUUCCUACUGGUCAAGUUUUUUAUCUUUCACUUUCACAUGAAGAUGAAGUUCAAGAUAUAUUAAAAUAUCUUUCAUCAAAUGAUUAUCAACGAUAUGAUUCAACUGUACUUGAACGAUUAAAAUUAGCUGGUGAAGAUGAAACAUUUGCACUUGAAUUUGUUAAACAAAAUGGUCUUCAAUAUUUAUUAAAAUUAUUUACUAAUGAUGGAAAAUUAAAUAAUUAUGAAAAUUUUACAUCAAAUCUACUUCGUUCACUUCAUAACAUAAUAAUAAAUCAACAAGCUGUUCAUUGGGAUAAUCUUGAAUCUAUUGAUACUAUUAUUGAUCAAUUAAUAUUCGGUAUUAAUGCAUCCAAAACUCCUUGUUUACAUUCAUCAUCAGCAAUGAUGAUUCUUCAUUCAAUUAUUAAUAUUGAAUCAAAAUAUUCAUCAAAAAUUAUUCAAACACUUGAAAUAUCACAUUUACUUGAUUAUUGUAACAAACAACAUGAUAUAGAAACACAAUAUUAUGCAUUGUCAUUAAUUAAUGUGAUUAUGAGUAAAGGUGAUCAAAUACUUCGUUCUUCAUUAGUGAGAGCUAUGUCAAAUACAAUUGUUUCAACAAAUCUUCGUGAACUUGUGCAAUUAAUAAUUACUGGUGAUGAACAUUCAAAUAAUGAUUCCUGUACAUCUAUGGAUACCUCAAUGCAAUCAAUACGAAAAUAUCGUGAUAUGAUUUUGGAAUUACGACGAAGUGCAUUUGAUACAGAUUUAUUAUUAUCUGAUCAAAGUUGCCAAGAUUUAAAUAGUCGAGUAUCAUCAGGAAAUAUACAUGAAACAAUAACAAUGUCAACAAUGAAUCCUCGUCGAGUUGAAGCAUUACAACGUGAUUAUGAACGUCUUGGAUUUCAAGAUCUUCGAGAACCAAGAAAAGAUUUUCAAAUAAUUCCACCAGGUAUAUUAUCAUUACAAAAUUUAUUCUAUUUUUGUAUACAUCAAAAAAAUGAUUUUAUUCGAUUUGUUCUUGAAAAUUCAUGUAAAACGCUUCAACAACAAUGUCCAUUAGUUAAAUCAGCUAUUGAAAUUACACGAAUACUUUGUAAACUUUUUCAUAUUGGUGUUGAACCAAAUCGACAUCAAAUGCAUAAGGACUAUUUCUUACUCUUCUAUACAAUAUCAUCAUUUUUUGAACAAGCAUUUGUUCGUUGUCUACUUUUAUUUAAUAAAACAUGGAAAGAAAUGCGUGCUUGUGAUGUUGAUUUUCAAGUGGUUAGUUCAGUUGUAUAUCAACAAAUUUCACAAUCACUUGAUGAUAUUUCUUUAAUAAAUUCAUCAACAACAGCAAAUAAAACAAUAAUAUCAUUAUAUUCACCUUCAAAAAAUCAAACAUUAUUAUCACCAGUAAUUAAAUCAACAAUGAAUACAUCAUUAACGUUAGCUAUUUUACAACGAUUUACAUUUGAUUAUUUUUCUGAAAGAUUAAAUACAAAUAAUUAUAAAAAUAUAUGUAGACGACGUGAUGAACAAGAAUUAAAAAGAGAAGAAACAAUUAUGAAAUUACCUAUUGUUGAAACAUUAAAAGAACGUUUAAGAUCACAUGUUCAAUCCUUAACACGUCAAGCUCGUCUCAAAACAAUGAAAAAAGGUCAAAUAUUUAUGACCUAUGAAAGUCGUUCUGGUGCAAAAAAAACAAAAAAUCGUUUAAUGUACUGGCAAUUACUUGACAAUGAAAAACAUGUACAAUGUAGUGAAUCACCAACAACAGUCAUUAAAGAAAAUAAUACAAGAGAUAGUUCAACAACAAGUCUUACUAGAACAAUGAUUUCACUUGAAAAUGUCAAAGAUGUUCAAUGUAAUAUUGAUCAAUUACGUUCCGGUAAUUUGAAUACACAAGAACGAAUUCCAAAAAUUCCUCGUCAUAGUAAUGCACAUAUGAGUGUAACAAUCAUUCUUCAAAAUGAUACAACAUAUACAUUAUUAUGUGAAAAUGAUUAUGAUAUGUCAUGUUGGAGUGAUGGAUUUAAUAUUCUUUUACAUAAAGAAAUGGAUAGUUUUUAUGCUCGAGAAGAAAUGGAAUUAUUAUUAGAUUUACUUUGUCAACUUCAAAUAUUAGAAUUAGAUAGUCCAUCAAUUACUUUACCACAACAUCAAUUACCUGUUCCUAUUCGUUUACCACCAAUUCGUCCUAUAUCUUCCACAUAA